AUGAGUAAUUUCUCCCCGCUCGAGAUUCCUCUCUUUUCCGAUUUCCCAUUGAGGCCGCAGGAACUCGAACAGCCGCCUCCACCCUUACCACUUUACGACUUUACACGCCUUCCUAACCCACCCGACGACUGGUCACAUUUCAAUACCAAGUUUUCAUCUGUUGCACAUGGCUCCAGUCGUUCCUUGAAGGCCCCGCAGGUGCAAGUGUUGAUGAAGCAUUACUUCUGGGGAAUCCACUAUGAGGAACCGACUAAGACUCCCAUGACAAUGAGAAAGAAGUCAAAUGUCAAGCUUCAACAUAUGUUUUUGUUCAAGCUCAUCUACUACAUGCAAGAACGCCAUCGUCCGAAGACUUGGGCAGAUAUGCUCGAUGUUAACCGAGAUACUGGGCCACGACUCUUGAGAUACGACCUCGAUCCGCGCCCAAAGCCAUUCAGUAGGUGGUACAAUUCUCUUCCGGAUGUGAACACAGUUAUCUUGAAUGCAUACAUACGCCCUCAGGAUGCGCCACCGGAUAUGCCCGACUAUCUUAUUCAACAGUUUAUGUACUCCGCCGACAGCUUACACACACCACCUCCACCAUCUCCAGCGUCAACACUCGCUGUGCAACAGGAGGAAAUCCUUCGUAUGAACUUGUUGCAACACAUGAACCCAGGAGUCGAGAUUACACCGGCCUAUUUAUUGACCGAAACGCCGAGUCAGAAGAUAACGGGCCCUGCACCAGGUCAAAAACGGAGUGCAGAGGACAACGAGGAACCCCGUAGCAAGCGCGCAAGACAGAUUUCACCCGGUGCUCCUGCUUACAGAGAUCACUUUCAUUACCCCACUUCGGCAUACCAAGAGCCUGUCUUUGCUGCUGAUGAAAUCACAACUUUCACCUGGACGCCUGCUCUAGUACCUUCCGAUAAAGUGACCCCCAUUGGAAGGCACCAAUUGAGCCCCAUUGUCCCGAAAGCUUCCAGCCCGCUUGACACGCAAGCGAUUACGGACGCCGUGGAACGAACUGUGAUGCAGAUCGUGUAUGCAGAUUUGGACCGUGAUCCCAGCAUUCCGUCUACUGGAAAACCUAUUCGCCACGGGACCGCCUAUUCUUAUAAGGAUAUGCUCACGAUGAAACUUGGGUCAUUCCCCACCACGGCGAGUGUCAAGUUGUCCCCAUUGACCUUCGAUUGGGAUCCGAAUGGCACUAUAUUUCCGGUCCGGGGCCGCGGCCCUAUCUGGGAUUCAAUGUCCUGUGCAACAGAUGCUGUUAUUGUAGCGGGAAUGCUACUCGAUGCUGGCUGUACCAAGAUAGAUCGUGCAAACAAUCGAGCAGCUGAGUUCAAAGAUAUCGAAAAAGCAUUCAUCGAAGUGACAAUGGCGAGUUGGGAGACCUUCGACGAUAAAACUUCUAUAUUUGUGCGUGACGAGUGGCUCCGUAUGUUUUCCGAUGGCUCAACCGGCUUGAAAAUGGGACAACCGAUUCCUCCUUGGGCGGUAUGGUCAGUGGCCACGAGAAGCUUCGCUCAAUUCCGCUAUUUCCACGUGGAGCGAGUGACCCCUUGCAAAUGCCAGUGUGCAAUGCCAUUCUACAACUCCCACCAAGGGUCCUGCAUUCUACCUGGCUACCAAACUGGCGAUGAAAAAGGAGUAGAGUUGCAAGAGUUGAUCGAGCGAUGUUUCUACCCACGCAAGUCCUUCAAGUGUGAUAAGUGUGGUGAUCCGACGGGAGUUACUGGAGAACGAAAGAUCGGUCAACUCCCUCUGCGUCUUGUGGUAACCUCUGAUAUCAAGACUCGAAUCCGAAAUCACACAGAGAAUCUCAGAUUCAAUUACAUAGACUAUGAAGACAAACCACAGGUUGCACACUAUCGUUGGAUUGGUGGAAUCUAUAACAACGAAUCGCAUGCUCGUUUAUUCUGGACAGAUACGAAACGAGGCGAGAAAGAUAAUGGGAAUAUUAUGAUGUACGACAGCCAAGUCAACUCUGGGGUUCUCAUCGGUGGAAUCCCAGCAUUUCAGCCUGACGAAAAAGUGCCCACUGAAUGGGUCAACCAUUAUGCCAUUCCGCUCCUUUUCUACGAGCGAAUCAUGAAUCCCACCAUCGAGCUUUUGCACAAGGCCAACAACACGUUGAUAGAGAUGGCCAAUUGCGUGAGCGAGAACAAGAGCGUUUUCGAAGAACACAUCCCUUGGGAGCGAUCGGAUCCUCCACCGCAGCGGGAGUCAUGGCCUCGUAUACUUUCAUACAAUGGUGAGCGCUUCAGCAAUUUUAAUCCCGGCUGGGCAACAGCGAAAGUAUCCCCCAACCCAGCCUCUGAAGAGACUGCCAUAUCCGCUCUGCCACUCGGUCACAUUGAUUCGGCGCUUCUUGAUCCACUGGUCAUUGACCAAUCACUCCUUGAUCCGGGCCUUUGGUCCAUCACCACAGCUCCGGAGUUCGAGUUGUCCUCGUUCAUGGACAUGACCGGCCUUCAUGACCUAUCGAGCAAUGGUCAAGGCAUAAUAAAUGUGGACCCCAAGAACCAUAUAUUCCAGUCAAUGAUGCAGAGUCCACGCUGGCUUCAACAUCCUGACAUGUGGCCUUCGGGUCUACCUAGUGAGGAAGGAGCUUUGGACUUCCCUGAUCUGCCUAUGUCACCCCAGCUGGGCAAUCGCAGGGGCACUGGGUCGUCAGAUAUUAGCAUGCCAGAUGCGGAGACUAUUCCUGAGCUUCGAAAUCGACAUUUCCGCAUUACUCACGGUAAUGAGCUCAAGAGGUCGGCGAUGACAAACUACGCUAUUUCGAAGCAGGCCCUGAGUCCAAGGGAGAAGCAGGCCCUACGUGCAGGUGAAUUCAACUCAAGCCAGAGAUUUAGUGAUGUAGAAGACGAGGAAGAAGAGGACGAACUCGACCUAGAGAAGAUGCAAAAGAAACAGGACCACGAUCGAAAAAGAAGAGAGGAGCGGAACAAACAAAAAGAGCUCGAUCCAAAGAAAAAACAACAAAAUGAAGGUGAAGUACGGGAGAAAGACUCAAGAUGGACUAAAGAGGAACAAUAUAAACAGCAAAGAGAAAAGGAAGAACAGAAGAAACAGGGAGAGGAGAGGCCGAAGGUAUCAAGAAGACCAGGAUUGAGGAAUUCGAGGAAGAAGAACACCGAUCCAACAUGGAAGCCUGGUGACAGUGAUGCAGAUGAUGCAGAUUUGCCUUGA